UCCAUCCCCUCCCGGUGCGGGCGGAUCGCGGUCCCGGAGCCGAUGGAGCCCCGAGCGGUGCUCACCGCGAUCCUCGCGCUCCUCCAGGGGCUCCGUGUGACCCCCACGGCAGAUCUCCCCCUGGAUGUGCUGCAGGUUUUGGGGGUACAGGACGGCCGGGACGGCGUCUCCGUCACCUCCGGAAUGUGUCAGCAACGUUUGGGGUCCCAGCACCCCGACUUAGCUUUCCGCGUGGCCAACGGCACCCGGAUCAGCGCACCCACCCGGCACCUCUUCCCCGGCGGGUCCUUCCCGAGGGAUUUCUCCAUCCUGGCCACGGUGCGUGCCCGGCGCGGAACCCAAUCCUUCCUUCUCUCCAUCUACGACGAGCGCGGAGCGCAGCAGUUGGGCGUCGAGGUGGGGCUCUCUCCCGUUUUCCUCUACGAGGACCACGAAGGGCAUCCAUCACCGGAAUUGUAUCCCGUUUUCCAGAAGGUCAACCUGGCUGAUGGCAGGUGGCACCGCGUGGCGUUGGCCGUGGAGGGAACCAAGGUCUCCUUGCUGGUGGAUUGUCACCUCCUGGCCACGCUGCCGCUGGAGAGGGGACCUCAGCCGCUCGUUAGCACCCAAGGGGUGACGGUUUUUGGGGCUCGCCUGAUGGAUGAGGAGGUGUUUGAGGGGGACGUUCAACAACUGCUGAUCGCGGCCGGCACCGAAGCCGCGCGCUCCUACUGCCAACUCUACAUGCCCGACUGCCCCCAGCCCCCCCUGCACCCCCUCCCGGCGCCCUUCCCGCAGGAGGGCGCCUCGGAUGGCGUUGGCGCGCGGCGUGGGAAGGGCAGGAAGAAGGGCAAAGGCAACCGCAAGGCCAAGAAGAGGAGGAACAAAGACCUCCUGGAGCACCACGAAGCCUCCGAGGUGGUGGUGGACAACCAGGCCACCGCGCCCACCCCGCCGUCCACAGAGGAGAUCUUCCCAUCGUUGGUCCCCACCACCGUCAGCGUCUCCCUCAAUGGCACCGACCCCUUCGAGGACGCCGGGGAGGAGCUCAUCCUUGAUCCGGAGGAGGAUGGAGUCGCUGGGGUUGGAAGGAUGGAGCUGCCGGGCUACGAGGACUACGACGAUACGGAUCCCGCCAGCCACGAGCGCUUUGGCCCUGCUGAGCGGGAGGAGAUGGCGAUCCAGGCUCCCCAGGUAGCGCUGGAGGAGCUCGGAUUGAAGGGGGAGAAGGGCGAAGCGGCCGUGGUGGAGCCGGGUCGGCGAUUCCAGGGGCCACCGGGACCUCCAGGCCCUGCGGGGGAAAUGGGUCCUCUGGGACCACCAGGGCUUCCAGGGCUGCCUGGAGAUCCUGGAGAUGAGGGUCCUGCGGGACGGCCGGGACUGCCGGGAGCCGACGGGAUCCGGGGCCCGGCUGGGACGGUGAUCAUGUUGCCCUUCCAGUUCGGAGGAGACUCCCUCAAAGGUCCCACCGUCUCUUUCCAAGAAGCCCAAGCCCAAGCGAUCCUUCAACAGGCGAAGCUUGCUAUGAAGGGUCCCCCAGGUCCCAUGGGGUUGACCGGUCGCCCAGGUCCUCUGGGUCUACCUGGACAUCCAGGCUUGAAAGGAGACGCCGGGGACAUGGGGCCACGGGGUCCCCAGGGGAUACAGGGACCUCCAGGACCUCCAGGGAAGCUUGGCAGGCGGGGUCGCUCUGGAGCAGACGGUGCUCGAGGUCUUCCAGGAGACACCGGACCCAAGGGGGACAGAGGCUUCGAUGGACUGCCGGGGCUGCCGGGCGAGAAGGGCCACAGGGGUGACGUGGGGAAGCCAGGGCCACCGGGUCCUCCUGGGGAGAAAGGCACCAAGGGCUCCGAUGGCCUCCCAGGACCUCGGGGGCAACCUGGAGAACCCGGUACGCGAGGCCUCAUCGGCUCACGUGGCUCUCCUGGACCUCCUGGGCCACCGGGCGCCGGCGGCAUCGAUGGAGCACCGGGACCCAAAGGCAACGUGGGAAUCCAAGGGGAACCAGGACCUCCGGGACAACAAGGGAACCCUGGUCCACAGGGUCUGCCCGGCCCCCAGGGCCCCGUUGGGCUUCCAGGGGAGAAGGGCCCACCAGGAAAGCCGGGAAUCCAGGGAGUGGCUGGGGCUGAUGGUCCCCCGGGUCAUCCAGGUCGAGAAGGUCCAGCUGGAGAGAAGGGCCUCCAGGGCCCUGUGGGUGCUCCUGGUCCCGUUGGCUACCCAGGACCCCGCGGGGUGAAGGGAGCUUUUGGCGUGCGGGGCCUGAAGGGCAGCAAAGGGGAGAAGGGAGAAGACGGAUUUCCCGGCUUCAAGGGGGACAUGGGCCCCAAGGGCGAUAGGGGUGACCAAGGCCGGCUGGGUCCCCGCGGCGAGGACGGACCCGAAGGGCUGAAGGGACAGAUGGGUCUCCUGGGGGAACCGGGUGCUCCUGGUCCUGCAGGAGAGAAGGGCAAACUGGGUGUCCCAGGUCUUCCGGGCUAUCCCGGCCGCCAGGGACCCAAGGGUUCCACCGGCUUCCAAGGUCCCACGGGGCUGAUGGGGGAGAAAGGCAAGAGGGGCAAAGCCGGUCCCACCGGGCAGACGGGACAACGCGGACCCCCGGGUCUCCCAGGAGAGCGAGGUCUUCCUGGUCCCACCGGGCAGCCUGGUCCGAAGGGAGAUCCUGGCCACGAUGGAGCUCCUGGAGCGGUGGGAGAGAAGGGUCCCCGAGGUCCUCAGGGUCCCAACGGCCACCCAGGAGCGAAAGGACCCCCUGGUCCCGUCGGGAAGGACGGUUUGCCGGGACAUCCAGGACAGCGUGGUGAGCCGGGAUUUCAUGGCAAAACCGGACCUCCUGGUCCCACGGGAGUGGUGGGACCUCAAGGGAAAUCUGGUGAGACGGGACCCGUGGGAGAAAGGGGGCACCCAGGUCCCCCUGGUCCUCCUGGAGAACAGGGCUUGCCUGGAGCUGCUGGCCGAGAAGGAGCCAAGGGUGACCCUGGUCCUGCUGGAAUCCCUGGAAAGAACGGCCCACCAGGUGUCCAUGGCUUUCCCGGCACCCGAGGAGCACCUGGAGAGACGGGUCCACCUGGGCUGAAAGGUGGGGAAGGUCCUCCUGGUCCUCCUGGACCCACGGGUUCUCCUGGAGAGCGAGGCCCCACGGGAGCUGCUGGAAGCAUCGGAUUGCCAGGACGGGGGGGUGCACAGGGUCCCCCCGGUCCUGCUGGUGAGAAAGGCUCCCCGGGUGAACAAGGUCCUAUGGGUCCAGCUGGGCAGGAUGGGAUCCAAGGUCCUGGGGGGCUGCCGGGUCCCACCGGUCCUCCUGGUCCUGCUGGAGAAGAUGGGGACAAGGGUGAGAUGGGAAUUCCCGGCCAGAAAGGCAGCAAAGGCGACAAAGGCGAUGCGGGCCCCCCAGGACCAACAGGAAUCCAGGGACCCAUCGGGCACCCCGGCCCUGCGGGAGCCGACGGGGAGCCGGGACGCCGCGGGCAGCAGGGAAUGUUUGGGCAGAAAGGAGAUGAAGGAUCACGGGGUCACCUUGGCCUCAGUGGCCCCCCUGGGCUGCAGGGCAUGCCGGGCCCACCGGGCGAGAAGGGCGAGAACGGAGACGUUGGCCCCAUGGGUCCUCCCGGCGCUCCAGGACCUCGUGGACCGCAGGGACCCAGUGGUGCUGAGGGCCCCCCAGGAAUGCCGGGUGGUGUGGGACAACCAGGACCCGUGGGAGAAAAGGGUGAACCAGGAGAAGCAGGAGAUCCUGGAGACCCAGGGGAGCCUGGACCACCCGGUGUGAAGGGAGACAUGGGGGAGAAAGGAGACGCGGGUCAGCCGGGAACAGCUGGACCCCCUGGCAAGAAGGGUCCUCCAGGAGACGAUGGAGCCAAAGGCAACUUGGGUCCCAUUGGCUUCCCUGGUGACCCUGGUCCUCCUGGAGACCCCGGCAUGCCGGGUCUGGAUGGAGCUGCUGGAGAGAAAGGUGACAGUGGGGAUCCCGGAUUGCCGGGUCCACCAGGAGCAUCAGGGGAACCGGGUCCUCCAGGUCCCCCCGGCCGGAGGGGACCUGUGGGACUGAUGGGACGUGAGGGACGUCAGGGUGAGAAAGGUGCCAAGGGACAACCUGGCACGGAGGGGCCACCUGGAAAGAUGGGACCUGUUGGGGCACAGGGACCACCGGGACAGCCGGGCUCCGAAGGACUGCGUGGGAUUCCCGGCCCUGCGGGUGAACAAGGUCUCCUGGGGGCUCCAGGCCAAGCGGGACCACCCGGUCCCAUGGGUCCUCUGGGUUUGCCCGGCCUCAAGGGAGACCCCGGCCACAAGGGAGAUAAGGGCCACGCUGGACUCAUUGGGCUCAUUGGACCUCCAGGAGAGAUGGGAGAGAAAGGAGACCAGGGUCUCCCAGGCAUCCAAGGCCCCCCAGGACCCAAAGGAGACCCUGGUCCGGCUGGUCCCAUGGGCCCCACUGGUCCUCCUGGUCCUCCCGGGCUCUCGGGACCCUUGGGCCAGAAGGGCUCCAAAGGUUCACCGGGCGCUCUGGGUCCUCGAGGUGACACAGGGCCCCCUGGUCCCCCAGGGCCACCGGGCCGCCCGGCUGAGCUGCUGGAGCCGCUGCCCUCCAGCCGGACCGGGAGACACCGCCGGGCACUGUCAGAAGCUUUGGGGGCACAGGGACCCCCCCGAGAUUACGAAGGCCUCGAAGAAGUGUACGCAUCGCUCAGCUCUCUGCGCACUGAGGUGGAGCAGCUGAGGCGGCCGCUGGGAACCCCGGAGAGCCCCGCGCGGGUCUGCAAAGAGCUGCAGCUUUGCCACCCGCACCUCCAGGACGGUGAGUACUGGAUUGAUCCCAACCAGGGAUGCUCCCGAGAUGCCUUCCGGGUCUUCUGCAACUUCACAGCCGGUGGGGAAACCUGUCUCUUCCCGGAGAAGAAGUUUGAGGCUGUCCGCCUGGCUGCUUGGAACAGGGAGAAACCCGGAACGUGGUACAGCACCUUCAAACGGGGCAAGAAGUUCUCCUACGUGGAUGUGGACGGGAACGCUGUGCCGGUGACCCAAGUGACCUUCCUGCGUCUCCUGAGCGCCAGCGCCCGACAGAACUUUACGCUCAACUGCCAGAACGCGGCUGCCUGGUACGAUUCGGGCAGCGGCACCUUCGCCCGUGCCCUACGCUUCCGUGGGGCCAACGAGGAGGAGUUGGGGCACAACCACACGGCUUCUCCUGUCCGUGCCCUCCACGAUGGCUGCCAGGAACGCCACGGCCAGGAGCGGACGGUGCUGGAGGUGACCUCCUCGCGCCUUGAGUGGCUGCCGCUGGUGGAUGUGGCCGUGGUUGACUUUGGAGACGCCAACCAGAAGUUUGGCUUUGAGCUGGGACCCAUCUGCUUCAAGGGCUGAAGCCGCGGCCCCAAAAAGGGACAGUUUGGGGUCGUGGGGUUUGUUUUUUGGGGGUGGGGUCUUUGCUCCCUUUGCCGUUCCCUACGCCAAGAAGAGCGCCCCAAAGCUGCUCUGCCAUCCUCAGGACUCGCGGCUGCCGCGGUGCCGUCGGCUCCUGCCCGCUUGGAGCUGCCAUGGUGCCAUCCCUUCCUCUUAUUUAUACCGCCAGUGGGGAAAAAUAGGGUACGGCCCCCCCAGAUUGGUGUAGAGAGGGGGGGUCGGAGCCAACCCCCACCCUAUGGUGCUACAACGCUCCCCAAGAACCCCUUUAGUGAAGCACUGGACGUGCCCUCGGCACGGCAAACACCGCGAGCCCCAUCCCAGUGUCCGCGGGGUCCGGAUCGUGCCAGGGUAGGGAGGUGUUAAAUCUCCUCUUUUGCCCACCCCCCUCAAACUUGGGGGGGCGAGGGGAGCCCCCCAGCACCUGGGCAGCAGAGGGGAUGCGGUGAGGUUGGGGCAAGGCUGUACGAUAAACCGACUGUAUCGAAGCCGUCCCCCACCCCAAAUCCUUGCUGGUUUCCAUGGAAAUGCGCAGCUUUGGUAAGUGGGGGCUGUGUCCGUGUGUCCCCCC